CAACAUCCAGGACAUCGCCCCAGAUUGGGCCAGUGAUAAGAUGGCCGGGGACGCCCACAGCCCGGCCGACGAUGGCCCAGCCGAUCAUACCGAUGGAAGUGCCUCGCAGCCGCCCGCGAAGAAGCGCCGCACUGGCACGUCGUCCAGAGGCGUCGCCAACCUCACCCCCGAACAGCUCGCCCGCAAGCGCGCCAACGACCGCGAGGCCCAGCGCGCCAUCCGCGAGCGCACCAAGAACCAGAUCGACACGUUGCACCGGCGGAUCCAGGACCUCGAGAGCCAGCAGCCGUACCACGACCUGCAGCUGGUGCUGCGCGAGAAAGACCAGGUCGCCGCCGAGCUCCACGAGGUGCGCAAGCGGCUGGAGAGCAUCGUGGCCAUCGCCUCGCCCGCGCUGCGCGGCCCCAACGGCCUGAGCGAACUGGCAGCCGCAGCAACGCGCUCGCCCCUUCCCGCUCCUCCGCCCCACCCGCGCGCCCUCCACGCCAAACUCGGCGACAUCGCAGCUGCCUCUCCCCAGAAUGGCGCCCAGUCGCCCGGCGCCGCUGAGGGAGCGCGCCACUGGGGCUACGCCGGCGAGCAUCCCCCCAACCACGACCGCCACUGGGACGGCGCGCAGUACCACCAUGAACGCGGCUCCCACGGGACGCCCGAGAUGCCCUUCGACCAGAUGCCCUUCGACAACGACAAGAGGAUGGGCGUCAACUUCCUGCUCGAGAACAACGGACAGUCGCAGAACCUGGACCCGAGCCUGCCUCCUCCCCCGCCAGUCACCAUCACCACCACCAGCCUGGGCAGUGGCCUCGGGCACCACGCGCCCAUUCUGGUGCCUCAUCUCACCCUACCCCGCAACGUGCCCACGACGUGCCCGCUGGAUGCAAUCUUGCUUGACUUCCUGACCGAUCGCCAAGGCCGUGCUGCACAGGGCGAUCAUAUCAAGACCAUCGUGGGGCCCAUGUAUCCCAAUUUCACGCCCAUAGUCCAUCCGGAACGCAACGUUGACGCUCAUCCCUUGUCCAAACUGUUCACCGACAUCCUGCGCACGUUUCCGGACAUCUGCGGGCUGCCUGAGCAGGUUGCCAUUGUUUACAUCAUGUUCCUGGUCAUGCGCUGGCAGAUCGAACCGUCGGCAGAGAAUUACGACAGGCUGCCAGACUGGGUCACACCGCGAGCUUCCCAGCUCUUCGUCCCUCAUCCCGUCUGGAAUGAUCACCUGCCAUGGCCCAAAUUACGCGACCGCUUGAUCAAUUCCCCGACGCCCGUGCCGUUCGAUGCCUUCUUCAUCCCCUUCACGACUACAGUCUCCCUGAACUGGCCCUACGAACCACGCGACUGUCUACUUCCGGCGUCAAAGCUCCACCCCUCGUCGCUGUCUGCCACGUCUUCCAUCCCAGCCUCGAGCCCAUAUUCCACAGCCGUGAAUGCCGGCUCACCUGCAGGACCGCACACGCCCCACACCAUCAGCACGCCCGGCGUGCCCAAGGAGGACGAAGAUUGGCUCAUCAACCCCGCCUUCGAGAGCCACCUCCGCAACCUCAACAACUGGAGCCUGGGCCCUGCCUUCCGCUCCGUCUUCCCCGCCUUCGGCGAUGCGGUCCGCAUCAAAGAAGGACGCUAGCGCGGCCUGUAGAUGUCUGCCGCGCGCGGCCGGGUCUGGGGGCGUCUGGGUGCCUUUUCAAAUAUACUUAUCGCGAGUAUCUGUAUGAUUAUUUACAACGGCCACGUCACCAUCUUGCUUAUUCACAGUAUCGGUAUGCUAUCAUGACUUAGUAUUCGCCUGAGGAUGGAGUUGGGCUGGGGUUCAAUGUUGGAGAGAUGGGCCGGCCGAAUUACGACGACGAUUUAACAGUGUAUAGAUAGGCUUCGUGCAUCGAUAGUAGCCCAUUGGGGCUCGUUAUACCAACGAAUUAAGGAGAUUUGUUCGC